CAAGUAACGAGAAUAGAGUGGAUUGCCACUUUGAACAACAGCCAGCUGUUAAUGCCUUGUCGCAGAAAUUUGCAUUGACAAAUAUUAAGGGAAUAACAAAAAUGGACGAUAUGAAACGGACCCGGAGGCGGGAAAAACCACAAAAGAAGUGGACAGAUGAAGAGAAUAAAUUAUUAUUAGACUACCUAUUGGAGAAUGAAAAUAUUGAGAGGCCCUCCGCUUACGUAUACUACUCGGCGCUACUAAAUAAAACAAAAAUCGAUGCUACUCCCGAGACAACACGUUGCAAGGUGCGGUAUAUGAAGAAGACACUACUAAAGGCCGAAACGUGGAUCAAGGCAAACUCCAAUUGUAUAGAUUUUGAUAGCAUCGAAUUCAAGAAUACGGUGAAUAAACUUUGUCCGUACUAUGAUCGACUUACAAAGAUUUUCCCCAUCGAAGAACGCAACACCAAAGUUACAACGACUGAAGCUGAACGUUGGUGUGAUGAAGAUGAGUUGGUCGCAGUGAAGUCCGAGAUUCUCGAUGGACUUAUGGAAACUAAUUCUACGUCAGCAGAAGGUGAAUGCUCAUGGAGUGAAGACAUGAUGCUGAUGGUAAAGCCAGAGAUUAUUGAUAUUGUAGAGGAGCCACUUUGCACGGCAGAGGUGGCGGAGCCUGAUCCGGAAUUCAUAUCGGCGAUGCCAAAAAGAACAAAAAAUGACGAUCCCCUGUCCAAGGGAGCAAAGUGUGCUAGUGAAAGACCACAAGGAACACAUGAGUGCUCAUAUAAAAAUAGUAUUAGUGAAUUAACAGAAUUUUUUAAAAGGAGAAGUGAGUUGUUUGAAAAAAGAAUUUGCAUAGAGAAGAAGAAGCUGGAUCUGGAGAUGAAAAGAUUAGAAUUGGAGGAAGAAAAAAUGCGAAAAGACUUCGAAAUACGAAAAUUAGAGUUGGAGCAAAGAGAAAGGCUGGCAAUGCAAGAACUAAAAUAUAAGUAUAAUCAGAAAUAAAAUUUUAAUGUACAUUGUAGAUAUCGUUAGUGUAGUAUGGAAAGGGCGUAACUCACAUUGUCGCUGAAAUAUCAAAAGCCCUUACUACAUGACUGAAAAUCCAAAAUUCAGUUUUUGAUUGAUUACGGGAAAUAUGUACUAUCCCUAGUAUUUAUAACCGACUUCAAAAAGGAGGAGGUUAUCAGUUCGUCGUAAUAUUUUUUAUUUAUAUUUAUUUUUUUUAUGU